AUGACAUCAGUUCUUGGAUCUCACCGACCACUGUCACCCGAUCUCUAUGCAAGGAAUAUUCCCAAAAGCAAGCGUCGCCGCAUCCAGGUCUCGGAUACACGAUCAUGGGACGGUCCCGAGGAUGGCCUCAGCGUUCUCAACCACACCUAUGAGUAUUUUCGAGUAGGGACACAUGCUCUUGUCAUUCUGCCUCUGCUGUGCUAUGAUUACCUACAAAAAAAAUGCCGGGUACGAGAAGUUCAUGUCUCAGGAAGUGCAGAACGAUAUCCGGGAUACCUUGCAUAUAAUAUCGAGGUCGAAAAUGAGAUUGACGGGUUGCUGUGGCUGAGAAAUCUGGAGGACUCAAAUCCAGAUGAGGCUCGCCUUACCCUCUACAUCCAGACCCCUAGAUACUAUAGUUUCGUUCUCGAGAAUCAGCGACAGGACCGCUAUAUAGCGGGCAAGGUGCACUCUAUGAAUGUUCUCCGUUUCGGUUUCGACAUGGAAGACUCGGCAAAAAACCCGGUGGUCCUUACAAUUACAGUCGACUAUAGCCUCGAUCCACCGGCUUGGGUGGACCUCUGUGGAAGCAUGCUUAACUGUUUCAAGACAGAGCUCGUCGAUGAUGUCCCAAUUGAGUUUGAACGUGGGGAAGUAUUCUUGAGUGUGGAUCGAAGAGAAGAACUAAAGAUGGUUGGUCUUAAGCCAGGUCAGAUUGAGUGCUCCUACUCCAAGCCAGUUGGAACUGCUGGGGUGGUUCUGGAGAUCUUCAAGGCCGGAGCGACGGAGCUCUUGACGACAGUGGUCUUGACGAAUCACCACGUCAUUCAAGUGGACAACCAUGGCUACAGCGUCCUCGCCCAGCAAUGCUUGGCCAAGGACAUCUCGCCUUGUGUUUUUCGGUCCCCCAACUUUGGAGCAAUCAAGUCGACCAUAUCUGCACUGGAAGCAGAGAUGGCAGAGCUUGACGUGGAUAUACCCGUCUUGGAAGGAGAGGGGCUGGAGGAGAUCGAGGAAGAUAUUGAGAAAGUAAGGAGGCUCAUCCGGAAAGUUCAAGAUCCAGAUUAUCCUGUCCAACAACUGGGGUGUGUUUGGUACUCUGGCGGCUUUUCUCGAAAGGUACCUGGGCUAGGAGGAAGACUUGACGUCGCCGCAAUCAGCCUCGAGAACGAAGCGGCUCUUAAUGCUUCAAACGAUAUCAGUCACCGUGCCGACGAAUGGAAGCAGCUUGCUCGGCCAAGAGUCACAGCAAUCAAAGACAUCGAUACAAACUUCGGUACAGCCAUUUCCCACCAUGAUACCCAGCGGGUAUUCAAAAUCGGCGCCAUGACCGGUUGCACUACCGGUAACAUCUGCCCAGACACACGGUCGAAGUUUCGAUUAGGAUGGCAUCCCGAAACAGACAUGACUGACGAGAUUUCGAUUGUUGGAGACGGGGAUCUAUACACUGAUAUGUUCGGCUGGGAAGGGGACUCUGGGGCUGCUAUCUUCAACGCGGGUGGAAAAUGGCUCGGGUUACUAUAUGGUGGUCAAACCUCACUGAAUUCGCGGCAGCUCUUAACGUACGUCAUUCCUGCUUCGGCCAUCAUUGCCGACAUGGUCGAAUUGUCAGGCUACAAGAUCGACGUUCGGUUGAAAGCCUAG